UCCGCUUGCGGCAGUGCUGUGCUUUGGUAUCUCGUAGCGUUGCUGCAGUGAGUGGGAGUGUGUCUUCGAAUCUUGAACGACCCAGCAAGGAGGAAAUAAUGGAGGAGGUUGACAAUAUCAUUGUCAAUUCGUUGCGAGAAUGUGGAUGUGAUUUUGUGGAUGAUGUUAGCAGCAUUGCAGAAUUCUCCACUGAAAAUGUUGUGGAAGCAACUGUUCGUUGUUUAAAAAUGAUCAAUCCAGAUUUGAAACUAUCUCAUAGUCUACCUCCAGGAAUGUCUGCAAGAUUUCGUAUCGGAUCGACGCUAGCACAGGCAUGUCAAUCGGCUGGUUACCGUAGCGAUAUUGGAUACCAAACCUUCUUGUAUUCGAAUGAAGCAGAUAUACGCAGAUUAUUUAUGUUUCUUGUUGAAAAACUACCAAGAAAAAAAGAUGAAUCAGUGGAGCAAACAACAGAUAAAGAUUCAACUCUGCAUCGUAAUGUUUCUAGAGUUCUAAAAACACAACUAACAAGCAUUUGGUUGCCUCCAUAUUGUAAAAGACAAGGUCUAAGAUGGUCUGGAAAUUCGUACUCUAUUGAAGGUGCUAAAGGAACGACGUCUUUUAUCACUGAUCAACUUACUGUGCCACAAGGUGUAGGCAAUAAAGAUAAACCAAUUAGCAAAGAGUUACACGACUAUUAUCGAGAUAAACUACCUUCCGUUAUGGAUCAAUUAUCAAAUCAUAGCAAUCUUAUACCAUCACUGAUAGAAAGAAAUAUUUCCGAGUUGUCUAGGCAACAAGAUUGGGAAGAUGAUCUAAACGCAGGAACAAUGAGAUCUAAAUUAUCUCCAGAGCAAUAUAGACUAAAAGAACUCGAGAGGUUGGAAAGAUCUAUACAAAAUGGUGAUUUUCAACUUAAUCAUAAAAAGAGAAAGGCUGAUAAAAAUGAUGAAACAACCAUUGCUGGUAUUUCAUUGAACUCCUCUUUUUCUGAGGUAAUUAACUUAAUUUCGAGUCAAUCAACAAAUCUUGGAUCCCCAGAAAUGACUGUUGAUAUUAGUAUGGAUGAAACAACGAAAUCAUUUAAGAUUAUCGAUAAAAAAUCUGACGGUUUAUUGAAAAAUAACAAAAAAAUUACAUCGGAUAAAUUGUCAGCAGAAGAUGACAGUGAAGAUAUGAUCGUAGAAAACCAUGUCGGAGAAGACACACUUAUUGAGGAAACUCCUCAAGAAACUGAGUCGGAAAUGAUCGAAAGGGUUGGAAAAGAAUUGAAAACGGAAUUGAAAGACGUUGUAGAAAAAAUGGAACGAAUGGAAAUGGAAGUUCAUAAGUUUCAAGAGAGUAUAAUAAAGGCAAAAGAAGAUUUGAUUUAUUGCGAAGAAUCAAAUAAAAGUGUUCAAGAAAAAGUAAAGUUACAAAAGAAAACUUUGCAAUUAUUACCUGACGCUGAAGAAAAUAUAGCAAAGCUAGAGGCAAUGGUCGAGGCCAACAAGCAGAAGAUGAUCAACCUUGGACAACAGUGGGAUAAACAUAGGAUACCUCUGCUUGAUAAAUAUGAGGAAUUAAAAGAAAAGUCUUCACAAAGAGAGACUCAAUCAGAAAGAAAGAUGAAAGAAGUGAAACUGGUGCGACAACGUAUCAAGGAAAACACGGAGGAAAUGAAACGGAAAGAGCAACUAGAGAAAGAACUGACUACGCAAUAUGGGGAUAUGACACGAGAUGUUUCCCGAAAGUCCUAUACGAAACGAAUUUUCGAAAUUGUAGCGAAUAUUCGAAAACAAAAACAAGAGAUUGAAAAAGUUCUCGCUGACAUGAGGUCUUUACAAAAAGAAAUCAACCAGCUUGAAGGAAGAGUUGAACGUACAUUUACUGCUGCUGAUGAAGCUAUCUUCAAGGACGCCAAAAAAGAUGAUUCUGUAAGGCAGGCCUAUAAAUAUCUGGCAUCCCUAAACAUCAACUGUUCUCAACUUUUGCAAACUGUGGAUAAAACUGGAGAAGUUAUGAGGGAAAUAAGAGAUUUGGAGGAACAGAUCGCCAAUGAGAGCAAAAAGAACACUGCAAGCAAUUUGGAUAAAAUAACUGACGAUUUCAAAGAAAUGAAGAAAGAAAAUAGCGAGAUGAUAAAAAAAUUAAAAUCAAUGACGUCGUCGUCACCAAAACCUCGGAAAAAGAAAUCUUAAAAUUGAUUUUCUUGAUUACUAUAUAUAAUUUUAUCCUUAUUUUCUCCUAAUUUUAUAAAAUCAAAAACAGUGUUAUUGUAUACUGUUUAUGAUUUUGCGAAUCCAGUAAAUCCUCUUUAGCUUGUAAUCACCUCAGUUAUUGUCAACACCUAUAUCAUCCGUUUAUUAUUUUUCAGAUCAAAGCUUACAUACUUGCUUUGAUUAAACUUCUGUAAAAAAAUUAUAUUUCAUAAUCGAACUACGCUUACAACUCCAAAAUUUUGCAUCUAUUUUGAAUAUUUUAUUGUUACUGAUCUUGCUAUUACACUUUCACCAUUUUGCUGUAAAAUUAUUAUAAUUCUCAAUAAGAAAAUUUAUUGUUAUGAUUAUUAAUGACAAUAGGCGGUGUUAUGACUAGAUUACUAACAAAUUUGAGUAGGUAGUAUAAGUUGUCACCAUGGUUACAAAAGUUUGUACUCUGGUAUAUGUAUACUAUUAAACCAGUUUCAUAUUCAAUCCGAACAUUGCAAUUAUUGGUUUGUACUAGUGUUCUUCUAACUUUGUCCUUCACGACUUAACUUUUUUACAACCCUCAGGAUAUUAGGUAAUCUGAUAAUAUGGGAAGUAUUGAGAAAAGAAAUUGACAAUCUCUUUAUUGAGACCAAUUUGCUUGCAUAUUCUCACACUAAAAAUCGAAUCUAACUCUAUUCCAGUGAUGGUGGAUCUCUCAGUUCUGUUUCCAAAUUUGAUCAAUAUUUUGUUUUGACAUGAGUUGGUGUCGAAAAAGAUUUCACCGCGACUACAAUUAAACCCCUUUUGUGACCUACCGUCGGGCCGGGACCCCCAGUUUAAAGAGCCCUGGUUUAUACAAUGCUUUUGGGAAGACCUAUUUUUUUUCUCCGAAUAUUUUCUCAAUUUAAACAUCUAUAUUUCACUUUGCAUUUUACUCAUCAAUAAGUGAAUACUAUUUAUUUAUAUUUAUUACCCAAAAUCCAGUCUGUCGCAGUAAAUGAACAAGAAUAAAAUAAAUAAUCAUCAAGAUGUGUUAAUUUGAAAACGAAUUAUAAAAUUUUAUUUAUUCAUAUCUAUGCCCAUGGGAUCCAAUUUUGCUGCUUUUUUCUAUACAAGAAGAGGCUUGAAAUUGGCUUUCAUGUAUUUCUCGUUCUUGUUCCCCUCUACAUUUUAUCACUGCUUAUAUCAAGUACUAUAAAUUCCAUGCAUCUUCGAAUAACAGUAACAGUGAAUAUCUGUUUAUAUUUGAUCUGAGUAAAAACAAUGAUCUUUGAAAUGAAAUAUAUAUUUACCUUACGGAAGAAUUGUCCAGUGUAGCAUUGCUAAAACCUGUUCAAUAUUCUUUCACUAUUUGAUUUUUUUUUUCCAAAAGCAAGCAACAACUACUGUAAUUUUACAGUAAAUGCAAAUUUGUUUGUUUAAAGCAAAUUUGCCUGGGUUUUUGUGUAGUCCUUUAGAAGAUAGAUGCAUGAAUUCGAAUGGAAACUAUGAUUGCAGCGGUUUCUGUUCUGGACAAGAGCGGAGGAUCAAACGCAGUUAUACAUUAUCCGUCAACGGGUCAGUGCCAGUGUUGUGAUAACAGUCAUUUGCCCUGUAUUUACAAGAGAUUUCUAAUGUGCAAUAGCUUGUUCAGAACAUCGAUUUUUAUUAUGUCUGACAUUUGAUUAUUAUAUGGUAUAUAAAAAGGGCAAUUCUACAAGA